CUUUAUUUCCCUUGAAAACUGCGCAGGCUGCAACUGUGCGAAGUAGCUCGAGCCGGCCGUUCCCAUUGAACUCCCUAAAAAUAAAGCUUCGUACCCUGAAGCUAUUGUGCCAUUGUGAGGUCUAGUAGUUUCUCCCGCCUGCGCGGAGACACAUUCCUUUCCGCUAGCGCAGAUCCUCCGCUCGUAGCUCCGCCUGCGAAGACACUAGCGCCAUGUCGUGGUUCCGCUCCGCCCUUAAUCGGGCGGCGGAGGCGGCGGGGGCGGGCGGAAGGUCCGUCGCGCCGAAUCUCGAGCGCGUGAAGGCGUAUGCGGGGCAUGUUGUGCAACGCGCGGGCGAUGCCGUUGCCGGCGGAGCCAAGAUGGUUCUGGAACGCGCUGUGCCCGGGCGCAACCUCAACAAUUUCCGCCACGCCGUGCGCCGAUUGGACGAGGUCUCCCUCCUCGCGCGCGGGCGCGAAAGGCAGGACGCGCUUGCGCGCUGGCUGGCGGCGCUUAAGGAGCUCUCCGACGACGAUCAGGGGGACGCUCUGGCCUACGAAGCGGAGCUGGCGCACGGCGCGCAGGCGGAGGGCGCACAGGGGGAAGCCGCGCAGGGGGAAGACGUCCCCGCGCACAUUCCGGGGGUGGACGCGCCGCCAGAGGCAGCGGGAGCGGAAGGGGAGGGCGGAGGGAUGGGGGGAGCUCUGGUGGAAGAUGCGGAAGCAGGAGGAGGGGGAGGGGGAGGGGGAGGAGGGAGAGAGGGUGCGGGAGGGAUGGGUAUGCGCGGGUUGCAGAGUCCGCGGGUGCGGGGAGGCAGUUUCGGUAGUGGGCCUGGUGCGGCUAGUCCAAGGGCAAGGUCAGGGGAAGGCGCUCCCAGCGUUGGAUCGGUGCUGUUCCAUGAUGCGGCCAACCCCGGAGUGCCGCUCACCUUCCGCGACGUCUUCCUCUGCAGCAAGGCACUCGAAAACAUUGUCGUCUCCUUCAUCAUGGAUGCACCAUCCCCCAUGGAGGAGCGCAUGCUGGCAGACAUGUUCGACCUGUGUCUGUCAGGCGACCAUCAGCUGCACUCAUCGCUGCUCAACGCCAUCUCUCAGCUCUCCGCUUCCUUCUCCGCCUACUCCGAGGUCAAGAUGAGUCGGCAGGAGCUCCUGCGAAUGGCAUCUGAUGCUGUGGCAGGGCUCAAGCUCGACGCACAGCUGCAGCGGUUGGAGGCAGAGGAGGAGAGGAUAAAGCGCCUGAUGGAUGAGAAGAUGGAGUCCUUCUCCUUCCGCUCCCUCUCGCUCUCGCGCUCCUCUCCCCGGCCUCCUUCCCCUGCCGCGGCUGCCACCACUGCUCCCCCUGCUGGUGUCCCUGCUGCUGCUGCUGCUGCUGCUGCUAACGAUGAUGAUGGUGAUGGUGAGGGUGUUGCUCCUCCUGACGUUUCUGAGCUGUUUGGUUCGAAGCCCGCUCAGCCACGGAAAGAGGAACAGAAGGAGGAAGGGGAAGGGGAAGGGAAAAGGCAAGACAGCAAGGGAGGGAGUGGGGAGAAUAAGGAAGGAGAGGAGAAGGCUGGUGACGAAAUGGAUAAUGGGGUGGAUGGAGGGGAGGAAGGGGGAGGGUCACUGCAAGAGCAAGGAAGGAGUGACAGCCUGCAAGGAUCACAAAAGUACUCUGUGGACGUGCAGUCAACGGAGGUCCUGUUCUCGCUGGCAGCGGCCCUGGCGUCUGUGGUUCGGCGCAAGGAGCAGCUGCGACACCGGGGGGACAACGCUGCUGCCAGAAUGAUGAAGGUGGAGCGCACCAGGGAGUUUGCAAGCGAGCUGGCCAAUUUCAUGGACGACUUCGAGUCCAAGAUAGCAGAGUGCAGGCAGCAGCGGCAGGAGGCGGUGACGUACCGGACGAGCAAGGAGGAGGAGGGGAUCGGAGCGGAGAGGGCCAUCACCGACGAGCUGCAGACGCUGCACCAGCGGCGCCGGGAGAUAGAGGAGCAGCUCAAGGAGGUGGAGGACGCCAUAGCGGCAACAACGCGGCGGCACAUCCAGAUGCAGGAGGAGAAGGAGCAGUUCGACAUCGCCAGCCACGGGCUGCUGGGCUCGCUGGACGCCGAGGAGGAGCACCUUAGCACCAUGCAGCAGCAGCACCAGCAGGACGCCAAGACGCUGUUUGGUUGGAUGGGCUUCCUGGAAGAUUCCUGGAAGAUGCAGCUGCUCUACAUGGAGAGCAAGGACCAGACCUUUAAGCAAUCCCUGGCCGACCUUUCCUCUCGCAUGAGAGCCAUAGCUGCUCCGCAUCUGCUCGUGUGCAUGGAUCACAUGAGGGCCUCCCUCACAUCCCUUGGAGCAGCUGUCUCUGCCCUCGCAGCCUUUGACUCCACCCCGAAUGACGACGAAGGGGGUGCAAAGCUGCUGCCAGAAUCUGGUGGGGAGCGCAUGAGAGCAGAAGAGAAGUACCUCCAAGCACAGACGCAGAUGAAGCGAGCAGUGGCAAUGGCGGAUAAAGCACGGGCCGAGUGGGAGCACCUCAACUCCCUGCCCUUGUUCCCUGAGGGCAGCGACGAUCCUGACCACAGGCAGCUAGCUCAAGCCCUGCAGGACAUGGAAUCCAUGAAACUUGAGUUCCUCAGCUUGCCCUCUCCCACCCUCCUGUAUCACUCCCACUACCAACACCACCACCAACAACAACAACAGCACCACCAACAACAACAACAGCAGCACUUCACCAGAUCGCAUGACCAACAGCAAUCCUCCUCCGCCUUCUCCCCUUCUGCUUCUCUCCCUCCCACAUACCGGCGCUCUUCCCCGUCCUCCCAUUGGCCCGGUGCUGCCAUGGCUGCUGGGAUGCGCUCAUUCAAUCUCGGAGCUUCCCUUUCCAACCCUCUCACCGGCAGUCUAAGCAGCCCCAGUUCCUCGUCCCGCUCCCCCCGAACCUCCGACUUUGGCCGGUCUGCCUCCGCCUCGUCCGAUGGAUUGGGAAGGACAGGUUCGGACCGAACAGGUCAUCAACUGCCUCGGCAUGAGGGUCUGUUUGGUUCGAUGCUUGGUUCGGCGGGCGGUGACCAUCAGCAGGACCGGCCGAAGCUAAGCCAGCGAAUGGCAGCGGCAGCGGCUAGGGCUGCUGCGGUGGCAGCAUCAGCAGCAGGAAAUCUGAGCAGCAGUGCUGCUGCUGCCGCUGCAGGUGUGGGUGUUGGCGUUGGGGGUGGUGGUGGGGGGCCUGCUGGGGAAAGGGAUGCACGGGGUAGCGCCGCUGCUGCUGUGGCUGAGUAAGCUAGGUUACAGCGACAGGUUGAGAAAGAUGGGAGAGCAAGGCAUG